AUGCUCCGGGUGGUGACCGGGGUGAAUGAGAUGAGCCGGGCAAAGCUCCCGUGGAAAGAAAUGACGCUCUACACCAAUCCUAAGCAGGUGGCGAUCCAGGCAAAGCUGCCGGAGUUCGACGCCCAGGGGUUGGUCGAUCGGCCGAGGCACCGGAGUCCCGAGGCCGCUGAGAUCCUCGGGUUGGAGGACGCGACCGGCGAGGAGGCCGCAAGCGGUCCGGUGCGGACUGGUGGCCCGGGUGCCGCGAGCGGCCAGCCGCGGGCCAGCAGUGGGGCCGCUGCGGGUAGCAGCCGCCGCACCGGAGGAGGAGGUAUCGCCGGUAGUGGAGCGGCGCCGGCGCCGGAGGACCGGGGGAAGCACCCCCGGCUCUUUAUUCCUGUGCCGGAGUUCCCGCCGUCGCCAUUGCCAGGCAAGGGGGGAAGCCGGGACGACCAGGCGUCGCCUACGGGUGCCGCUGAAGGCCAGGGGCAGUCGGAGGCGCAGAGGUCGACGCCAGCCCCCAAGCCGAGCGUGCCCGAACUGAGCGCUCUGGCGGGGCCAGGGCUGGCGAGCGCGACGGCGGAGCCAGGGCCGGGGCCGGCGGAGACGGGGCCGACAGACGCAGCGGCAGAGCCAGAGCCAGUGGACGCGGCGGCAAUGCUGGAGCCGGCGGACGCGACGGCCGAUCCGGAGCUAGUGGACACGGCGGCGAUGCUGGAGCCAGCGGAUGCGGCGGCCGAGACAGAGACGCAGCCGCCGCCCGAGCGUCUGGACGUCAAUGGGGAACUUCAACACUGGGAGGAGGACAUCGCGAUCCGGGAGACUGACACCGAGAUAACGGCAGAGGACUUGGGCACCCAGGAGGACCUGCUGGCCCACCGGUUGUCGGAGGCUGCCGAGGCGGCGGCGACCGUUGCUGCUAGGGAGGCGCGGAUCGCCAAGUCCGAGGCAGAGCUGGCCGCACACGAGCAGGCUCUAUCCGUGCUGGCGGGGCAGGUGAAGUUGGCCGCUGGCCAUGCGCCCGGCACCGGUUCUGCUGGCGCGGUCGGGGGCCAGGGGCUCGAGGAGCGGCUGCGGCUUGCGAAGGAGGUCGGGGAGCCGCCUCGGUCGCACGGGCUAGCUUGCAGCUGA